UUCCAUCACCAAACUUAUAUCCCUAACUGGCCGCAACAUCAACCAUGUCCCAAACGAAAGACCUAGAGAUAACCGCUUCUCCUUACUUUGUCCUCGUGCAAGACCACGAGCUGCAUUUACCCCACACCAGACUGACUACACAUAUCCCUACGAUCAGAACCAUAUACCCCGAUGAGGUGAGAUAUGUGUUUGAAGAUGACGAUGUGGAGCCCAGUUGGGAAUCUGAAAUGGACACCGGUGAUAGAGCAGCUGAAGCCGACGAAGAUACAAUAAUCCUCAUAGACGUGGAUAAGACAGGGAACAUCCACCAGGUCAAGUCCUUGAACCCUCGCUGGCAGGUAUUUGACUAUCAGAGUGACCAUACGAGUAGUAACAGCCAUGAACUUACCCAUUCUACACCACCAUCACCCAGGAAAACACAUUACAGGCGAGUCAUCAUAGAUGGCUGUGUAUCGGGAUUUACCAACGAGAGUGAUGCCGAUCCGGGGUAUAAAACCUUAGAUGAACUCAAUGACCUCAUAAAUCUCUUCAACGAUAGAAGUGCCAAGUUGAAAAUGAUGCUAAAACAAUAGCUUUUUCUGCGACAAAGAAUCAUUGGUCCGCCAGGGGCGGUUAGAAUCGGAAACCUUCGGAGUCUUGUCGGGUACUUAUACUAGACACGUGCCGUGAUUCAGGAUUCAAUACUAUGAGAGAAUGGAAAAACGAUUUCCAAGCUUUGUGCAUCCAUCACCGAUGGGGAUGAUGUCCAGCACCAGAAUAUGCGUUAAUAGAGUAGUAUUCAAUUAAAACUGCAACAUUGUGGCAUAAAGGUGAAGGGCAAUGCAUGCCAAUUAAAAUAGCAUUUUUUUGGUGAACUGUCUAGGUUAAUCAUACACUUCCA